AUGUCUGCAACAAGUGUAACGACAAAUGCCGGGAUUCAAAUGCCUCGAUUAAUCUAUGGUACAGCUUGGAAGAAAGAAGCCACCGUUCAACUUGUCGUCAAAGCAGUACUCAAUGGAUUUCGCGGAAUCGAUACUGCUUGUCAACCGAAACACUAUCGUGAAGAUCUCGUUGGCCAAGCAUUGAAAGAACUUCAAACCAAACAUAAUAUUUCACGAAAAGAUCUUUUCAUUCAAACCAAGUUUACUAGCCUUGAUGGACAAGAUCGAACGAAACCAUUACCGUAUGAUCCUCGUGUGCCACUCAGUACACAAGUUCGUCAAUCAUUCGCUACCUCAUUACAAAAUCUACAAAUCGACUACAUUGAUUCAUUAGUUCUACACGGUCCUGAACGAACGCACGAGAAAACAAUGGAAGUUUACCGUGAAUGCGAGAAAUUCGUCGAUGAAGGCCGUGUUAAACAACUGGGUAUUAGUAAUCUCUAUGAUAUUACUAGUUUAAGAAAACUAUAUGACGAUGCUCGGCAUAAGCCAUCCGUUGUUCAGAAUCGUUUUUACGAAGAAACCAACUUCGAUCAUGAGAUCAGGCAAUUUUGUCGCGAGAAAAACAUUUUCUAUCAAAGUUUUUGGACUUUGACUGCCAAUCCAAACAUACUUGCUCAUUCACUCGUUAAACAACUUGCUCAAGAACGACACGGCACGCCUGCUCAAAUAUUCUUUCGAUUUCUUUUGGAUAUUGGUUUAACGCCGUUGACCGGAACCACCGAUGAAACACAUAUGAAAGAAGAUAUACAAGUUUUACACUGGCAUUCCCUAGAUCACGAAUCAGUCAAUAAAUUAAAACGUCUCAUUGGAGAUUAA